CCUUCUUUGCCAGGCAGCAGCACUUGGGACUGAAGCUAACAUUUUGCUCAGUGCUUGUCCAGGGGUGCAGUGAAUUAACUAAACACUCCUGGUGGAACAGCAAGAAAGUUGCUGACAAAAUAUUGCUAUGCAGCAUAAUUAGAAAUGUGCAUUUUACUUCAGGUGGGCUUUCUUGUCACCUUAAGCCAUUAUUCUUGUGAUUCCUGAUUAAUGGGAACCUCUUUUAUUGCAGGCUUUCAGCUUCUUGGUCAGUCCCUGAAAGCGAGACUGACUGCAGCCUAUCAGAAAAGUGCAGGAAAAUGUAUUAAUUUGCAAGUUAUUAAAUAAAUAAACACCCUUGUGAAGCCAUCUGUUUUUCUGGGUGUAGAGUUACUUGCACCGGGUAGGGCUCACUAUUUCCUGGCUUGCUUUGUGCUGUGUGGCAGAAACGAUGUUUUUGCACUUCGCUUUGUGGACACGCUCCUGCAGUUCCAUUGAACAAAGCCUCUGCAAAGUCCCCAGCUUAUGAAAUAUUUCCUCUCCAUUGGGUCCCAGUCAGGGGAUGGCAUCUGCAGAGCCAGAAAAGGAAGCUCUUGCCUUAUAGAGAGCACUCGUGGGGUGACACAAUGGCUGAUAUAAAGUGUCAGAGGAGCUGAGCUGAAGGCAAAGGAACAAAGGAAGAUCCAGAUCCAGUGGCUGGGAGAGCCAGAAGUGUUUCGAGGAUGGAUAAAUUUAAGGCUGCGCUUGUACUGGCCGGGGUAGGGGAUGCUCUUGGUUACAGAAAUUUCUCCCGACAGGACAAUGCUUUAGGUGCAAAAAUCCAACAGGAGCUGAAGGAAAUUGGAGGGCUGGAGAACCUGGUGCUCUCCCCAGACAAAUGGCCAGUAAGUGACAACACGCUCAUGCACAUGGCUACAGCAGAGGCUGUCAUCACAGAUUACUGGUGUUUGGAGGACCUGUACCGGGAGCUAGUGAAGCGCUACGUGGAUGCUGUGGACAAGCUCUCAGGGAGGCGGCCAGACCCUGCAACCAUCGAGGGCUGCCGGGAACUGAAGCCAGAUAAUUACCUUCUGGCAUGGCACACUCCAUUCAAUGAAAAGGGUUCUGGUUUUGGAGCAUCUACAAAAGCAAUGUGCUUAGGGAUGCGUUACUGGAAGCCAGAGAGGCUGGAGUCACUUAUUGAAGUGAGCAUUGAGUGUGGACGAAUGACUCACAACCACCCUACAGGCUUUCUAGGCUCCCUAUGCACAGCUCUCUUUGUGGCGUAUGCAAUACAAGGGAAGCCCCUGGUGCAAUGGGGAAGAGAAAUGAUGAAAGUUGUGCCGAUGGCAGAGGAAUACUGCAAGAAGACCAUUCGUCACAUGGCAGAAUAUCAGGAGCACUGGUUUUACUUUGAAGCCAAGUGGCAGUUUUACUUGGAGGAGAGAGAAAUCAAUGAGGACAACCAGAACAAAGCCGUCUUUCCAGACAACUAUGAUGCGGAGGAGAGAGAAAAGACAUACCGCAGAUGGAGUUCUGAAGGUCGGGGUGGGAGACGGGGCCACGAUGCCCCAAUGAUCGCCUACGAUGCCCUGCUGGGGUGCGGCGGGGACUGGACAGAGCUCUGCAACCGCUCCAUGUUCCACGGAGGAGAAAGUGCAGCGACGGGAUCUAUUGCUGGCUGCCUCUAUGGGCUGGUGUACGGCCUGAGCAAGGUUCCUAAGGGCAUGUACCAGGAUCUUGAGCAAAGAGAGAGGCUAGAGUACUUGGGCGAGAACCUUUACCGACUGUCCAUGGAGGAAAAGUAAAACUGUCUCUGCCAUUUUCUCUUUCUAUAAAGACUAUAUCAAAUCCUGUAGAUAACUGUCCAACUUUAAUGAUGAAGGAAUUAGCUGAGAGUUAAUCUGAAAGGAUGUAUGUAGAUUGUGUGCAAGUGAAGAUAGCUGAAUAACUGAAGAACAACUAGGUAUUUACAGUGUUUGUGGGUUUUUUUUACAGAUGUAGGGAUUUUUGAAUAUAAAUAUUGCUGCCUAAGCCCGUGAGAUAAUCUCAAAUGGAAAAAAAUCAAU